AUGUGGCUAUCGUGUCGACUGGGCUGCGUCGUCCUGCUUGCGACCACGGUGCUCUUUUCCGUCGCCAUUGCCCUGGACAGCGGUGGCAACAGCACCCUACCGGGAGACGAGUGCGGUCCCGACAAUGCGACGUGCGGCACGGAGCCCCUCCACGCGCCCGUGUUCCAGCCAUCGUCGCUCAUUCGCGUCGUAAUCCUCGUGCUGAUUGGAGUGCUGUCCCUUGUGGGCAACUGUGCAACGCUCGUAUCCAUCUGGAAGACGAGACUUAGGGCCCGCUCGACGGUUUACCUUCUUCUGGCUCACCUGUCUGUCGCAGACCUGCUGGUGACGUUCUUCUGUGUGCUCGCCGAGGCGGCCUGGACGUGGACGGUCCAGUGGACGGCUGGCGACGGUGCUUGCAAGGCGGUCAAGUUUCUGCAGAUGUUCUCGCUGUACCUGUCCACCUUUAUCCUUGUGGUGAUCGCGUUCGACAGGUUCGCGGCCAUCCGGUUUCCGAUGCGCCGUGCGAGCGCACGACGCACCGUUGUCCGCAUGGUGUUCGGUGUGUGGGCGCUUUCGGCGAUGCUCAGCCUUCCUCAGGUGUUCAUCUUUCGGGUGCAGCGGGGUCCCUUCGAGGAGGAGUUCUACCAGUGCGUGACGUACGGCUUCUACUCUGCCCAGUGGCAGGAACAGCUGUACACCACCGUCAGCCUCGUCCUCAUGUUCCUGCUGCCCCUAGUGACGCUCAUCACCACAUACAUCUGCACCUUCUACACGAUCUCAAUUCAGCGGAGCUUCUUUGUUCCCUCGAAGGACGGAGCAAGCGGGUCCGGCAAACACACGCAGGAGAACCACGAGCCGCAAGCUCGGCGGCACGCCAAGGCUGAGACCCUGGCCGCUCCAACCCAUUCCGCCAUGGACGACGCGCGGCGGAAGCUGCUCCACAAGGCCAAGAUGAAGUCCCUCAUGAUCACCGUGGUGAUUGUGCUCGCGUUCAUCGUUUGCUGGACGCCCUACUACUGCAUGAUGAUCAUCUUCAUCUUCCUGGACCCGGACGACCAGCUCACCGAAGAGCUGCAGGCAGGCAUCUUCUUCUUUGGCAGCUCGACCGCCAUGAUCAACCCCCUCAUCUACGGUGUGUUCCACCUCCGCCGACGACCAUCGAGGGGCUCGAAGCAGUUCAACAGCAGUGUCGCCUCUAGGGGCGCCGAGAACUCUGUGCUGCUCACAAACUGCCCGAGGAGGACUCGUUCGGGUCACCAGCCGCCCCAACAGCUCCGUAUGGUGCAGCAGACGUCUCAUCCUGUGGUGCGCCUCAAGUACUCGGUGGUUAGUAAUGGCUGUCUCAAGCAGAAACAGGCGACUGUGGUUGACGUUGAGGACAUAGACAGGUGAGCUGGGAACAGAACUGUGUGGCGUGCUGCGACGUCGCUCUGGACUCAAAUCCUUGAACUCUGUGAAGGAAAGGAUUUCACAUUUCGCACACGACAUUGUUCUUUGUUCUUAGGGAAGUCGGGUUUGUAAGUUGAGCGUGAAGAACGAGGAAGAGGUUACUGUCCUUCACUAUUUAGGUGCUCAACGGCGAUGACUGGAAGAAUUCCUGGCCUUAUGAUGUCUGCAGUUACAAUUUUUUUCGUCUUUGCUUGCAAUUUUUCAAAAAUUAUCCACCGACAACAAUUGAUUCACAAGUUGUGAUUUGAAAGAAACUUGCGCCUAUUCACGUUAAGAUUUUUUUUGCGAAGAGAAGCAGUUGUCAUAUCUGUUUUUUUUAGAAGAUAUUGGCCAAGGGUGCGAAAACUAGAGAGAGAUUUUCCGCUGCCAAUAUCAAUAUCAUCAACUGUCAAAACACAAGCUUCAAACAUGAAACUUACGGAGUACAAGGUUAAAGAGCUCAGAUUAAAUACAAGUGCGUGCUUACAUUUAAUUCCUCAGAAAUGAAAGUGGAGUGAACACGCUUUUAUUUAAUGUGCUGACGGUUUUUUCUUCGACAGACUGUACCUGAACAAUCGCUCUCCCCUCCUUGGCCAUGCUCCGUAGGCCAUGAACUUAGUGUCCUUUCCCGCACAUAGUGACACCGUAGCGAGCGAGAAAUGUUACUGAAAUGUUUUGAAUAUACGCAGGUGAACAUUAAAUAUUAAACGUCAUGCCAAUGUGAUUUGGUAUCAUCGUUGUAUCAGGUG